UGUGAUACUAUCCAGCUGGGCUCUCCCAGGAGAUACACCCAUGGAUCAAUCUCACGCCCGCGCCAUCGAGGCCCUACAGCCCUUCAUCCACCUGGCCACCUCCUCCACCGCCGCCUCUCCCCGCUUCGUGGCCAACCUCAUCACCAACGCCAUUGACAAUCCCAACACCUACGUCUUUGCAGAGCUACUCGACACUCCAGCCGUUCAAUCCCUGCGCAAUCCAGACACUCCCGCCGAAUUUCAGCCCUACCGGACCUUGCUAGAGAUCUUUGCCUGGGGGACUUGGGAUGACUAUCAAAAAACACCCAACCUCCCCCCCCUAACCCCCCCACAAACCCUCAAACUCCGCCUCCUCACCCUCCUCACCCUCUCAGCAACAACCACCCCACCCCUCACCUACCCCAACCUAAUGACCGCCCUCUCCAUAACCGCUCCCUCCGACCUCGAAUCCCUCAUAACAACAGCCAUCUACGCAAACCUCAUAAUCGCCCGUCUGGCCCCCGCCUCCAACCCCCCCGCCGUCCAUAUCACAGCCGUCGCGCCCCUCCGCGACGUGAACCCCGCCCUCGCCCUCCCCGCCAUGAUCGCCCGCCUCUCCAGCUGGGAAUCCCGCUGCGGCCACGUCAUCGGGGACCUCGAGGCGGAGAUUGCGCGGAUCCGCUCGGAUGCUGUUGCCUCCCGUGCGCGACACGCUGCGCACAAUGAUCUCUUUCAGAGGACGAUGGCUGGGUUUACGGCUGAUCUUCCGGCUGCUGCUGCUGCUGCUUCUUCUUCUUCUGCCGCCGCUACCGGUGCCACCGUCGAGGGUGGCCCCGCUAAAGGAUCCCGACUUCCUUGGUCGAAAGGAGGAGGUAGUGGUGGUGGAGGCAGCUGGUUCGGCGCAGGCGGCAACAAGCGCGAGUUUUCCGCCGACGAUCUCGACGUCGAUGAUGGAUAUGGCGAGGCGGGCGGCGAGGGGGAGGGCUCGGCUCCAUCUUCGCAGAUGGAUGUCGACGAGGGGGCCGGUUCUAGUCGGUUGAGCGCAGGCGCUCGCCACGCCAAGCGGAUCUUGGGGAGAAAGACUUGAUUUGACCCUAUCCAGCAGUUC